CAUCCUCCCAGUCAGACACAAUUACACUAUAGUGCCUUCUCCACCUUGUUGAGAUUUUUGGGUGUGCACAUGCCUGGAGUGUUUUUCAAGCCACUGGGACUGGGAUUUGACCCUUGGUUGGCCAUUUAGGCCUAGCUCCCCUAACAACUAGGCUAUGAGGCCAGCCCUGUUGCUCCUUCAUUCAAGCAGUGUAGAAGUGAGUAGCUUGAGGGAUAUUGCUUAUCUGAUUUUAGUAGGCAUUCUUUAUUGUUAGUAUUUUUUGGUGUGUGUGUGUGUGUUUAUUUUUUUCUUUUAUUUGCAGACGGGUGAACCAGAAUCAACAUGUCUGGGACAGAAGAGGCCAUUCCAGGAGGGCGCGACAGCCGCUCUGGUGGCAGCUCAGUGUUAUGCUUCGGACAGUGCCAGUACACAGCUGAAGAGUACCAGGCCAUUCAGAGCGCUCUGAGGCAGAGGCUGGGCCCGGAGUACAUCAGUAGCCGCAUGGCGGGAGGAGGCCAGAAGGUGUGUUACAUUGAGGGUCACAGAGUCAUUAGUCUGGCCAAUGAGAUGUUUGGCUACAAUGGCUGGGCCCACUCCAUCACGCAGCAGAACGUGGAUUUUGUUGACCUCAACAAUGGCAAGUUCUACGUGGGCGUCUGUGCGUUUGUGAGGGUCCAGUUGAAGGACGGCUCCUAUCACGAGGAUGUGGGCUAUGGUGUUAGUGAGGGCCUCAAGUCGAAGGCCUUAGCUUUGGAGAAGGCGAGGAAGGAGGCGGUGACGGAUGGGCUGAAGCGAGCACUCAGGAGCUUUGGGAACGCACUGGGGAACUGUAUUCUGGACAAAGACUACCUGAGGUCGCUGAGCAAGCUGCCACGCCAGCUGCCUCUUGAAGUGGACUUGACGAAAGCGAAGAGACAGGACUUCGAGCCGUCUGUGGACCAGGCAAGAUACAACAGCUGCCUAGCCCACGUGGGCCUGGGGCCCCCAAAACCGCAGGGAGUGGCCUCCCCUUGCCGACGCAGCCGCCCAGAGGACCCCCGCGCCGGGGGACAGGGGGAUCAGGGCGGUGGCUCUGGGAGCCUGGCCGCCUGCCCGGCGGAGAGCGCCGCCACGCACCAGCGCAAGCUCCGGCAGAAGCAGCGACCAGCCCCGGCCGCCGCAGCCCCGGCCGCCCCCGGGAGGAAGAGUGAGGCUGCAGCAGCGCACCUGGCCCCUCUGACACACAGCACGCCCAUUGCCGCAGUCUCAGAACCGCUCCCCGAGAGAGACUCCCUUGCAGAGAACCUUGAAGACAACCUUGAAAUGUGGGAUUUGACCCCAGAUGGCUUGGAUGAUGGUGUGAAGCCCCUUUCUAGACCAGAAACCCCCCCACAGAUCUCUGCUCCUCCAGUCCUGAACAACCAAAUGGUUAUCCAAAAGAGAACCCCUCACAGCCUUUGCCAGCAGAAGCCACAAGCAACAUCUGGACGCUGGGACCCCCCAACUUACAGCGCCAACCAGCAUAUAAUAGGGAACUGUGACUCUCACAGGAAGAGCCAGGAUAUGAAGAAGAGGAAACUAGAUCCAUCCUAACCGAGGCUCAGGCAACAUCACUGGACUGUCACAAAGGACUCUGGAAAACUUUUUGGUCAUGAAAUCGCUCAUCGCUCCUGAGGAAUGACCUCCCUUUCCAAGGACUGACCUUGCCUUAUCGAGGCCUGUCGGAGCCUGCUGCAGAGAAAGCUGGGCUCUUGAAGGCCCUCACACCACCCUUCGGGUCUGAAGGAUGGGACAGUUCCUUCCUGGGUGCCGAGGCUUCUGUUUAUUCGUAGUGAUGUCGAGAGGUGCUUCAGGGCUCCCGGGGCCUGAGCACCCGCUGAACGAGCACCCACAUUAAACUAGCAGAACCCCGC